AUGACAGGAGCAUCAGACUCCGGAGAAGCCAAGCAUAGCAGAUGGUGGCUGCUCCUAUAUUUUUCACUUUCUACACUCACCACCUCUGUGGCUUGUAGCCAAACAAACCAAAACAAGCUGCUGGUAGGGUUACAGGCCCCCCGAAAUGCCUCCUAUCCAUUCAGUGCUCUGAAACUGGCCUCUGCCCUCCAGAUCGCAAUCGACAAAAUCAACUCCAAUCCAUCUUUCCUCGAAAAUUAUACUCUUGACUUUGUGUACGUGGACACUGACUGCAAUGCAAAAGUUUCGCUCGGAGCGUUCAUCGACCAAAUGUGGCGAGAGAAUAUAUCGGCGCUCUUUGGUCCACCGUGUCCCGAAGAGGCAGAGGUCACUGGUCUCAUUGCCUCUACCUGGAACAUCCCAAUGUUUGCCUUUGUUGGACAGACAUCCAAAAUGGAUAAUGCUCUUGUUUACGAUACCUACGUCAAAGUAGUGCCUCCACUUAAGAGAGUAGGAGAAAUUUUGCUUAAGGUAUUGGAGUUCUUUGGGUGGAAGCAUGUUGGUAUAAUUGGGGGAGGUGCCGAUUCUAACACAUGGGACAAAUUGGAUGCUCUCUGGAAAUCUGUGGAACAGCAACUCCAAGCCAAGGUCACUCUGACGGCCACCAUCAAGUUUGAUCCCAGCGACCCUCAUCUCAUGCAGAAGAACAUGCAACACAUCUCCAAAGUUGCAAGAGUGGUUGUGCUGUUGAGUAGUGCCGAGGACUCCGUUAAGCUGAUUCUGGAGGCCGAGAGACAAGGUCUGAUGAAUGGAGAGUAUGUUUUCCUUCUCAUACAACAGUUUGAGGUCAGUGGCAAUGUGGAUAGCCUAUGGAGAUAUGCCAUGAAAGACAACUACAAAGCUGCACUAAAGGCUUUUGAAAUGGUGUUUGUCAUUGCUGAGAAGGCUUAUGAUGGCUAUGACUACUGCGACUUUUAUGAACGUGUCUACGAGAGGUUGAAAGGGCCCCCUUUUCAUAGCAACCUUACAUCAGAAAAGGAGGUAAGCCCGUACUCUAGUUAUCUGCAUGAUGCAGUCCUGCUCUACGCCAUGGGUCUGAAGGAGGUUCUCAAAGAAGGCAGGGAUCUCCAUAAUGGACGAGAACUUCUCCAGAAGCUCAGAGACAAAAACAGCAUCAAGUUCAACGGGGCCUCCGGUUUAGUUCAUUUCGAUGAAUAUGGAGACAGGAACACAGACUACUCUGUAUAUGACUUGCAAAAAAGUGAAGACAUUGUGAAAUUUGUCCCCAUUUUAAAUUUUGACAGUCAUACCAAAUUGAUCAAAACAACACCAAAGUUUUCAAGUGUGAUUUGGCCAACAGGGAAAUUGCCAACAGAUAACCCAAAGUGUGGUUUUGACAAUGAACGCUGUGAAUGGCUAAACAAUGAAAUCUAUCUGGUUGUCUUGCUGGUGACCAUGCCACUGCUGGGAGUGGCUGCACUGGUCUUCAUCACACUCCUCACCCUGCAGAAGGUCCGGCUGCAGACCAGACUAGACGACUCAUACUGGUGGCUCAUCAACUACAGUGAUAUCACCAUCAUCUCAGAGCCCAAGGGAGUGCAGGCAUUGUCAAUAAAUACAACUCCGAGUAAAAGUGGAAGCGGAGGCUCUCAAACAAUUUUGUCAAAUAACAGCUAUGCUCUAAAGGACAAAAACGAAAGAGAGAAUAUCUACACAACAGUUGGUCUGUACCAGGGAAAUCAUGUAGGUAUCAAAUACCCGGAGAAUCAACUUCUGCGUGACCUCAAUAAACCGUCCAUCCUUGCUGAGUUCACUAUGAUGAAGGAGCUGAAACACGAGAACCUUGUGCAGUUUUUCGGGGUGUGUAACGAACCCCCAAAUGUCUGCAUUGUCAUGCAGUACUGCAAGAAAGGGAGCUUAAAGGAUGUUCUCAGGAACAGUGAAGUUGAGUUAGACUGGAUGUUUAAACUGGCCUUUGCUUAUGACAUUGUCAAUGGUAUGGAGUACAUACACAGAAGCAGUCUGAAGUCUCACGGUAAUCUGAAGCCAACCACCUGCCUAGUGGACAGCCGGCUGCAGGUCAAACUCUCGGGAUUUGGCCUCUGGGAGUUCAAACAUGGCAUCAAACACAAACUGAUUGCACUUGAAAAUCCCAAAUAUGAAGAGAUGUACUGGACGGCUCCAGAGCUUUUGAGGGAGGUGCACCUGCCCCUCAACGGUUCUCAAAAAGGCGACGUAUUCAGCUUUGCCAUCAUCAUGCGGGAGCUGAUCUACAGCACAGAGGUGGGCCCCUACCAUGACAUACAGCUGGAGCCCAAAGAAAUCAUCAGGCAGCUGAGGACUCCUCUAGCAGGUGAGCCCCUGAGACCUACUCUGUCUGCUCAGACGUGUGAUGAUGGACUGAUCGCCCUGCUGAACGCGUGCUGGAGUGAGAACCCUGACCAGAGGCCCCCCUUCACAUCCAUCCGGAGAGGCCUACGAGACAUCAGCCCAGAGAGCCAUGCAAACAUCUUAGACAACAUGGUAAACAAGCUUGAGAAAUACGCCAAUCACCUGGAGGAAGUAGUGGAGGAGAGGACCAAUCAGCUCACUGUAGAAAAGAGCAGAGCUGAUAAGCUUCUCUCCAGCAUGCUGCCCAGAUACAUAGCAGAGCAGCUAAUGGCGGGGAAGUGUGUGGAGCCCCGGAGUUACGACAUUGUGACCAUCUUCUUCUCGGACAUUGUGGGCUUCACCACCAUGUGUUCAGUCAGCUCAGCCCUGGAGGUUGUCACACUGCUCAACGACCUCUACAGCCUGUUUGAUGAGAUCAUCAAACUCUAUGAUGUAUAUAAGGUGGAAACUAUAGGAGACGCAUAUAUGGUGGCAAGUGGGUUGCCUCUAAGCAAUGGCAGCAGGCAUGCAGAGGACAUCGCAACCAUGGCCAUCCACUUCCUAAGCGCUAUUAAAAGGUUCCGAAUCAGACACAUGCCCAGCGAGAGGCUGGCUCUGAGGAUUGGAAUCAACUCUGGUCCAGUGGUGGCUGGUGUGGUGGGGACUACCAUGCCCCGGUACUGUUUGUUUGGGGAUACAGUGAACACCGCAUCCAGGAUGGAGAGCAGUAGUUUGCCACUGAGGAUUCACAUCUCUCAGAGCACUGCUGACAUUCUCCUGAAGAUUGGUUCUUUUGAAAUGGAGGAAAGGGGAGACAUUGAGCUGAAGGGAAAAGGGGUGCAGAAGACUUUCUGGUUGUACAAUAGAGUAGGUUUGAAGUUUCUUCCCAUCAAGCAGCACUAUGAAGAAGGAACACAUUCAGAACUCGCAGGACAGGAGGUAAAUACACCAAAUACCUCAAAUGAGCCAGAAAGCAAAAAGAGUGGAAGGACCCAGAAGAACCCACCAUGGAUAAAACACAAGAGCUUCACACACUGGCAGUCCCUGACAUCUAGAGACUAA